CGCGUGUUCGGCGGAUCCACCCGACGACUCCCCCGGCGACGUCGUCAACGCGUCACCCGCGAGGCCCGUCUGGAGCCCCGCAUCGAUACCCCCGCGGCACGCACGGCACCCGGCGCGCGCGCGCGGAGAGGGUUGCGAAACUCGGCGCCCCGCGCCCUCCCCUGAGAGAAACAAUCUGACAACGACGGCUCGAUAAGGAGCCAUGGCGAGGCAGCUCACCGCCUGGCAGCAGGGGAUGAAGGCGUACUUUUACGUCACCAUCUGGAUGACAAUCUCCAUGGGCGUGAUUCUGUUCAACAAGUACAUCCUGGCGUACUCCGGGUUCAAGUACCCGAUAGCGCUGACCCUCUGGCACAUGGUGUUCUGCACCUCCGUCGCGACGAUCAUGGUCAGGGUCGUGGGAGCCACCAAGUCACUGAACAUGCCCAAGAAGGAGUACGUCAACAGGGUCAUCCCCAUCGGCGCGCUGUACGCGGCGUCGCUCUGGCUGUCCAACUCGGCGUACCUCCACCUGUCGGUGUCGUUCAUACAGAUGACCAAGGCGCUGAUGCCCGGGCUGGUGUACGUGUGCGGCGUGGCGUUCGGGAUGGAGAAGCUGACCCGGACCACCUCGUUCAACAUGUUCAUCAUCGCAAUCGGCGUCGCCAUCGCGGCGUACGGCGAGAUCAACUUCAUCUACAUCGGCGUCGUCGAGCAGCUCAGCGCGCUGGUGUUCGAGGCGCUUCGUCUGAUGUUGGUGCAGGUGCUCAUCACGCGUCAGGGGUACGCGAUGAACCCUAUCCAGUCCCUGUACUACGUGUCACCCGCGUGCGCCGCGUGUCUGGCGCUCCCGUUCAUCGCGGUUGAGCUGCCGGAGAUCUUAGCCGACGUCCACCUGGAGAUCGACUACGGGAUGCUCCUCCUGAACGCGCUGACGGCGUUCGCGCUCAACCUGGCGGUGUUCCUGCUCAUCGGUAAGACCAGUGCGCUGACGAUGAACAUCGCCGGGGUGAUUAAAGACUGGAUGCUGAUCUUCGCGUCGCAGCACAUGUUUGGGAACACGGUGACGUUCCUCAACUACCUCGGCUACGUCAUCGCGUUCCUGGCCGUCGGCAUGUACAACUACAACAAGCUCAAGGCGGCGAAACGGAAGGAGGCGGCGGCGAAGGCGGAGGCGGCGGCGAAGGGCGGGGGUAUAUCGGCGGCGGAGAACGGGAGCAAGUGACGAGCCCGUUGCGUUGAAAUGAAAAAACUCGAGAAUUCUGGGUCU